UUUUACACUUGAAAAUUCAAAAUCAAAAGAAUAAAAAAUUAAAGGAAAAUUCUUAACUAGAACCACCACACAAUCAGCGGUUGGCGCAUACGUGUGCGUGUGAUUGUGCGUGGAAAAUACGAGGGAAAUGGAAAAUCGAUAAAGCUGCUAAAACAAGUUCAAAAACUUUCAUCGGAAAAUGUGUGAAAAUUACGUUGUUUUUGAUUGCGACAUCGGUACCGACGAUGCAUGGGCUCUUAUAAUGUUAGUUAAAGGAGAAUCUCUAUCUGAAAAAGUACUAAGCAAUGGACCAGGAAAAUAUAAAAUUUUAGGUGUAACAUGUGUACAUGGUAACACAGACGUUGAUAAUGGCACAAAUAAUGCACUACGAGUUUUAGAUAGUCUCGAUAGGAAUGAUAUACCAGUGUAUAAAGGUUGUGGUGUACCUAUACUGCCGCGUACUUGGAAGCGCAGGAGACAUUUUCAUGGCAUGGAUGGUUUCGGUGAUUUACAGCAUGAGAAGGAUAUUGAUAUGAGUUUAAUACGUCAGGAACAUGCGGUAACCGCAAUGUACAAUAUUGCCUGCAAGCAUCCGAAACAAGUCGAUUUUUUGCUGUUGGGUCCUUUAACAAACUUUGCGACAUGUGUCAACAUGUAUGGCGACAAAUUUCUAGAUAAUAUACGCAAUGUAUAUAUAAUGGGUGGCAAUUUUCGAGGCAAAGGAAAUAUUACUAAAAGUGCGGAAUUCAACUUCAUGAUGGAUCCCGAAGCAGCUCAUAUAGUUUUAAGCCGCUGUUUAAAUACACCAAUAACCAUCUUACCAUGGGAAACUUGCAUUGAUGGUGAUUUUGGCAUAACACUGAAAUGGCGUUUCGAGGAACUUGGUUCCAAUUCUAGUAAGGAGAUUCAACUAAUGAAUUACGUCGAGAGUGCAAUUUUACUGCCUAAAGGUUUUGUCAAUUGGAUUGUUUGUGAUGCCAUUUUGGUAGCAGCAUAUCUAUUUCCACAUUUAGCAAUAGCCAGUAGUCGGCAAUACCAUGUUACUGUGGAACUGACUGGCACACAUACGCGAGGUCAAAUGGUGCUCGAUCACUUACGGCUUACGGAAUCUAAUGCGAAGAUAAUUACACAAAUAGACAAAAAGCAUUAUAAAAAUAUUAUUUCUUGGACUGGUGGCUUAGAGGAGUUGAAUAUUGAAUAAAAAUAUU